AUGAAUCUUGGUACGCCAACAAAUACCUCGGCCAACUCUACAUCAUCCACUUCAUCUUCAUCAACAACAGGAUCAGGGUCCACCGAAGAUGUCACAAUUACAAUAUAUCCUAUUGGUAUUAAGACCUAUGGAUGUCUGCCACCAUUCCUCAUGAGGAAGCAUACACUGUUCAAGAGACUGUUUGUUCAUGUCUCUAAUAGGUUCUGCAUCGAUGAGAAUGAGUUGUUGUUCUUCUUCCAGGAGAAGCUGUUGCCAGACCAGUGUCCAGGCGAUGUUGGCCUGUUGAACGGUGACAUUAUCGUGGUUAGACGUGUUCCUCCCAAAGCACGCUCACAAUCCUCCAAUGUAAAGGCAGCCACUUCCGCAUUCGUUUGCGAGAUAGGUUCGCUCUUUGACAAUCCAAGCUUCAGUGAUAUAUCAUUUGUUCUAAGUGAUGGUUCAAUACUUCCAUCACACAAGAAUGUACUAUCAUCUAGAUGUCAAAGAUUCAAAGCAAUGUUCCAGGGAUCGAUGAAGGAGAGCCAGGAGAGCGAGCUCAAGGUAGAGGAGCAUAGCCCUGCAGUCUUUAGGAAGAUGAUUGAGUACAUAUAUACUGACGCCAUGAAUGAAGAGGACAUGGAAAUGAUCCUUAAGCUCAUCAUCAUAGCCGAUGAAUAUCUAUUAGAGUCGCUAAAGGGACUAUGUGAACAGAAACUGAUUGGAGAGAUCAACAUUGCCAAUGCUCCACUGCUAUUCUCUCAUUCAGAUGUUUACAACUGCAAGCAACUCAAGAAGCACGCACUCAACUUUAUACUAUCAUCAAUCAAACGUAUUGCUGGAACAAAGGAGUUUGAAAGGGAUCUUUCCACCUCACCUGGAUUACUACUUGAGAUAAUCAAGGAAAUGGCACCACUCUAUGAUUCUGGAACAAAGAGACGCAAAGACGUUGAGAUCUAG